AUGACGUCCAUAGUGUCUCCAGCGACCGCUCCUGCGGCUGCGACUACCGCUGCAACUGCCGCUACAACUGCUGAGAAGAUCAAAGUGACGAUCCGGAACGAAGUGAGUGCGUUUGCCCUCGAGACGUUCCCCGGGGAGAGCAUCGCCGGCGUGAAAGCCGCGUACUUGGAACACGGCGAGAACGUGGGCCACCCGAACUUCAUCUCACUGCUGCACAAGGGCAAAGAGCUGUCGGACGAGAAGACGCUGGCGGAGUUGGGCAUUACGGACGGAGAUGUGCUCGUGCACAUGGAGGUGGCGCACCAGCCGUUCCACCCGCUGAACUAUAAGGUGCUGGCCGAGAGCAUCAAGAACCGCAGGAAGCACGAGGAGGUCAACAUGCAGCUGUUGAAAGAAGACAAUAUCUGGGCGGCCCACUCUGACGGCACCGUGCACCGCCUUGGCAUGGAGAAAAGCAUCAUCUCGCGCUCGCUGAACAGUAGCUUACCGUCGCACUUUGCCAAGCAAAACGUGGGUGCAGGCAGGGCGUUUUUCAACCAGCUCUCGGUCCGCGUCAAUGGCUGCAGCUUUCACGUGCUGCCCAGUAUGGAGGGUCGAUGGAACGGCGAGCUCGCGACGAUUCCCCCACAGGAAGAGGGCAGCCAAGUGUGCUCGAAUGAGCUCGCGUUUCGGGACGACGAGGGCGUGUGGAGUCAGCGCCAGUCGAGGACGACCAUGAGUGGACUGACGUCCAUGCAGCACAUGUGGAUCAAGCCCGUGUCGGACGGUAUCCUCAAGAUCGAGACGGAUGACCCGACGUUGCGUGGCUCUGAUAUUACCAUGCAAGAGCUCGGCACCAACGUCAUCAUCAUCACGGCUAUUUCCAAGCGUUCAGGACGUCCGAUGAUGGUGGAGACAAUCACAGGCAUCGACAGCUCGCGCCGUCUUCGCACGAUCCAGCGUUUCGACGAGUCUGGCGCAUUCCGUUCGGUCUACGUCAUGAACGAAGUCAGGGUCGUUGAUGCAGUGUCCGGUGCGAUGGAGAAGUACGACAACGUCUUUUGA